AUGGAUGAUGAGGACGUGUCCGUGGAAUCCAGAAUCGAUGUUUUGAUUGUUGGAGCCGGUCCGUCCGGCCUCAUGGCUGCGUACUGGAUGGCUCGCUGUGGUGUCAAGGCGCGUGUUAUUGACAAGCGAAGCACGAAGGUGUUCGUUGGUCAUGCGGAUGGGCUGCGUCCUCGCACACUGGAGUUGUUUGACAGCAUGGGAUUUCAGCAUCGGGUCAUGCAGGAGGGGUCCAUCUCGACAGAAGCGAACUUCUGGGUACCUGGUGAGGGAGGGAAACUCGCUCGAAAAGGUCCGUUCAACAUAUCCAGACCAGAUGAGUCACCGUACCACAACACACGCCUGAACCAAGGCCGCAUUGAGCGUUUCAUUCUAGAUAGUAUCAAGGAACACUCCGACCUUGAGGUGGAGCGAGGUAUCAUUGCUGAGUCCCUGGAGUACGACGAGAACCUGGAGAAUGACCCAAAUUCAUACCCUAUCACAGUCAAGCUCCGCAGUCAAGGAGAGGAAGCUCUGAACCCGCUAUAUAACCACAGCCAAUCUGCCUCUGGCGCUACUCGCAAAGAGUCGGAGCGUCACUAUUUGCUUCCCGAUGAUUGGAAUGACCAGGCCCAGCGGGGUAACUUUGAGUCAAAGGACGAGAUUGUCAGGGCCAAAUAUCUAAUUGGGUGUGACGGCGCCCACAGCUGGACGAGGAAACAGUUAGAUAUUCCGGUGGAGGGUUCCAACACGGACCAUAUCUGGGGCGUGAUAGAUGUGAUACCUAUCAGCGAUUUCCCGGACAUCCGUCGUGUAAGCAUCGUCAGCAACGCUGCAGGCACAAUCCUCAUAAUCCCGCGCGAACGAGGCCUUGUCCGCUUCUAUGUCCCAGUGCACGUCUGCGAAGCAGGCUCGACAACUCGAUUCGACCGUUCGACAAUAACCCCAGAAGUGAUCCGUACGCGCGUGCAAGCAAUCCUUUCCCCAUUCACAUUUGACUUCCAAGCCUGUAGUUGGUGGACUGUUUACCAAGUGGGCCAGCGAAUUGCAAGCAAGUUCACGAAAGGGGAUCGCAUUUUCCUUGCUGGUGAUGCAGUACAUACCCAUUCUCCUAAGAUGGGCCUUGGUAUGAACAUGAGUAUGCAGGAUGGGUUUAAUCUCGGGUGGAAGGUUGCGCUUGCGGUUGCGGGGACUGUUCAGCCUUCGAUUCUGAUGACUUAUGAUCUUGAGCGACAUCCGCUGGCAGAGAUGUUAGUUGAUUUUGAUCGGCAUUGGUCGCCUAUGUUCAUUGAUCAGAAAAGCCCCGAGGAGAAGGAUACCAAGGCUGCUGCUAUGUUUGAUAUUGCUGGGAAAUUUGAGGAUUUCGCUGAUGGGUGGAAGGUGUUUUAUCCUGGCAGCUGUCUUGUUUGUAAGCCUGGUUCUGAGGCUGUUGCUCGAUAUAUUGUUCCCGGGGAGAGAUUGAAGCCAGUCAAGCUUCGCAAUCAGGCUGAAGGUGGUACUAAGUGGACAACUACGCUGUUGGAGAGUGAUGGACGAUUCCGCAUUCUUGUCCUGGCUGGAGAUGUACGAAAUCCGAUGCAAAGAGGACGCCUUGAGACACUGUGCCAAGUUCUCACUGGACAAUUCGCAUCCAAGCCAUCCCCCCUAGAUCGCUAUGUCUCGAUUGCUGGUCGCCAUGACAGUCCUCUCGAUGUUGUCACCGUUCACAGUGUGCCGUGGAAGGAAGCCGAGUUCUUUGAUUUCCCGGAAAUUCUACACCCCUUGGAUGCAGUUCGAGGCUGGGCCUAUGACAAGAUCUGGUGUGAUGAUUCUUGCAUCUUUGACCGGUAUUGUGAUGGGACAGCAUAUGAGAAAUGGGGAGUCGAUUGGGUCCUUGGGGCUCUGGUGGUUGUUCGCCCGGAUCAGUAUAUUGGUUGGGUUGGUGAAUUAGGGGACGUGGAUGAGAUGACAGAAUACUUGGAUGCUAUUCUCGUCAAAAAGUAG